AUGGAUUGUCCAACAAAUUAUAAAGUAGCACUUUUAAAAGAAGACAUAGAUAAUGGACCAUACCAUGUUUUUGGUUGUCAUGAUAAGUGUGCUAGGUCUUAUUUUUGUACUGGAGUCAAACCAGGUGAAAUAAAUUUAAUUCCUGAAAUGGAACAAUGUGGUCUAUGGCAAGAUAUAAUUUCGGCAAAAAAUCUUGUUGCUCACCAUAGUGAAAGAUCAUACCAGACUCGCUGUGUUACUGCUGUAACAGCAUAUAACUAUGGACCAAGUUAUAUUAGAUACCUCCAUAAAAAAGCCACUAAUUACAGUCCAGGAAUGUACACAAAAAAAUUUAUAAAAAGAAAUAUAAAUUCACGAAAUAAAUCUACCCAAAGGAGAUUACUUUUUGGGCCAGAUGAGGAAUAUGGAGCCGUUCACAGUCACACUGAAAGUGAAAUUAUUGAUAUGCCAUAUGAUGAAUAUGAAACAAAAAAAGCCUGUUUCUUAAAAAAGUUAGAACUCUCGUCCGAACAGUUACAACUUUUAGAACGAAAUACAGCGGACCAAUUAAAAUGCGACGAAUGGCGACCACGAAAACUAAGACUCACAGCUUCUAAUUUCGGUAAAGUCGCAAAAUUAGGAAACACGACUUCCCGUGCAAGUACCGUGAAAUAUAUUCUUUAUGAGUUGUUUAGUGGAAAUGCAGCUACAAGGUAUGGCAUUCAAAAUGAACCUUUAGCAAAAGAAGCUUUGGAAAUUAAACUUGGAACAAAUAUUAUGCCAUGUGGUCUGUUUGUUGAUAAAAAAUUAACAUUUUUAGCAGCUAGCCCGGACGGUUUGAUUGACAAUAAUUCCCUUAUAGAAAUUAAAUGUCCAGCGUCAAUAAAAGAUUACACACCACAAGAAGCUUUCGAAAAUAAAAAAUUGAAGUUUAUGAAUCUUAUUGAAGGAGAAUUAAAAUUAAAAACUUCUCACGAUUAUUACUACCAAGUACAGGGACAAUUACACAUUACUGAUAGAAAAUAUUGUUACUUUGCCGUAUGGACUCCUAAAGGAAUGAUUGUUGAUAAAAUAAUUAAAAACAAUGAAUUUUGGAAGAAAAUUGAGCCUCUUUUAAUAAAAUUUUACAUGGACUGCUUGCUCCCGGAGUUAAUAGACUCGCGUUUUGACAGAGGACUUCCUUUAAGGACUGGUUUAUAG